AGGGUUAUCUUUGGUCUCUUUGUUGCCUCUCUGAUUAAUGCCCUCCUUGCCUGGUCCGUGAGUUUUGGUGGGGGGCCCUCUCUUGGCAGGUUUGUUGUGGUUGGUGCCAUAUUCUUUACAUUUUUUAAAUAAUCGAUUAAAUGGUGCUCCGUGGGACGUUCAAAGUUUCUGAUAUUUGUUUAUAACCCAACCCUGAUCUGUACUUCCCCACAGCUUUGUCCCUGACCUGGUUGGAGAGCUCCUUGGUCUUCAUGGUGUCGCUUGCUUGGUGGUGUUCCAGACCCUGGGGCCUUUCAGAACAGGUGUAUAUAUACUAUAUAUAUAUACUCAUGAUGUAAGAGAUCAUGAGACACUUAGAUUGCACACAGGUUACACACACACACACACACACACACACACACACACACACACACACACACACACACACACACACACACACACACACACACACACACACACACACACACACACACACACACACACAUACACACAUACACACUCCUAAGCCCCACCCCUAAGCCACCUGUACUGCAGAGAGUCAAAAGUUCAGAAGGGUACAGUCCCAGAUACGGUGGCCAGAAGACACUAUAAAGGACUCUAUAACUCACUACAACUAACUUACCACAACUUCAAGACUCACAGCAUCUAUUGAAGAGCAGGACAAUAUCAUCAACACUAAGAUUUAAACAACACUGAAGUCAAUGUCUGCUUCUUUCAGGGGCUAUUAGAGGGAAGUGACUGAUUUCAUUACAAAAUGGCUUCUGGUUCAUCUUUCCAAUAGCAGGAUCUCUCCUGUCUUGUGUGCCGUGACAUCUUCAAGGAUCCCGUUCUAGUGCCGUGUGGCCACAGCUUCUGUGACACCUGUCUGCGGGAAACCUGGAAACAAAGGGGAUAUCGGGAAUGUCCGGUCUGCAGGAGAAAAUGUUCCAAAGACUGGUAUCCUCCUAACCUUCCUCUAGAGAGCCUGUGUGAGGCCUUCUCACAGUCACAUACAGGUAGUCAGAAAUCAACAAGCAAGAUAAGCUCUGCACUCUGCGGUCUGCAUGGAGAGACACUGGAGCUGGAGGACAAACAGCCUGUCUGUUUGGUGUGGCAGGAUAUGAGACAACGUAACCACAAACCGCUAGCUGAGGCUGUACAGGAUCAUAAGAGCCAGGCCCAGAACACAGAGAGGCAGAUUAAGGAAGAAUUUCAGAAGCUUCACCAGUUUCUACAAGAGGAGGAGGAGGCCAGUAUAGCGACACUGAGGGAGGAAGAGGAGCAGAAGAGUCAGACGAUGAAGGAGAAGAUUGAAGAGAUGAACAGACAGGUAUCAUCACUUUCAGAUACAAUCAGAGCCAUAGAGAAGGAGAUGAGAGCUGAGGACAUCUCAUUGCCGCUGAACUACAAGGCCACAGUGAAAAGAGCCCAUUUCACACUGCCGGAUCCACAGCUGGUCUCAGGUGCACUGAUUGAUGUGGCCAAACACCUGGGCAACCUACAGUUCAGAGUCUGGGAGAAGAUGCAGGGGAUUGUGAAAUACAGUCCUGUGAUUCUGGACCCAAACACCGCUUACCGAUAUUUCGUCCUGUCCGAGGAUCUGACCAGUCUAAGAUUCUGUGCGAGUCAGCAGCUUCCUCACAACCCAGAGAGGUUUGAUUACAAUGCAUUGGUCCUGGGCUCCGAGGGCUUUACCUCAGGGACACACAGCUGGGACGUUGAGGUUGGGGACAGCACAGUCUGGUCCGUGGGUGUCGUACAAGAGGCUGCCCAGAGGAAGGGAAACAUGAAGCCUGAACGGUGGAUUGUGUAUUAUAGUGGAGGUAAAUACAGAGCACGCCCCGCAUCAGGGCCAGGUGUUCCCAUCACAAUGAGACCAAAACCCCAGAGGAUCAGAGUGCUGCUGGACAGGGACCGAGGACAGCUGUCAUUCUCUGACCCUGAUAAUAACACACACCUGCACACAUUCACACACACCUUUACUGAGCAAGUCUUUCCAGCCGUAGGUCACGUUUCUAAAGUUCACCGUCUGAGGAUCGUACCAGGGAAGAUCUCUAUAAAGAUGGAGUAGACUCUCAAAACCGU